CAUCACUAACCUCCUCAAAGCAUUCAAGUUAACCUUUAAAACAGAUGACACAAGUCAAACUAUAACUGGAAAUAAGAGAAAACAUACAUUUGGAGUUCGCGUUUUAGCUCUUAAGGUGGCCACAUAAGUCUUCAAUCUUUCCUCAGAAAUACUGAAACAACCUAAGCCACACAAAAAAAAAAAAAAAUGAAUUUUGAGCCUGUAAAUAUUGUGUGGCCGUGUGUGUAAUUGGUAGUUUCUAUUGUUUUCGCAUACUCUUUUGGUUUCAACCAUAGUUAUUGGCCAAACCUUGGAAAUCUAUCAUCCUUGGGCGAAAUCUUCCUUUCUGAAGAUAAGAGUCUUUUCGCCUUGCCGAGAGUUGUUUUGAAUGAAUAGCCGGAAAUACCAACAAUGAUCAACACGAUUCUCUAACGAUUUCCAAUAAAUAUUCAUAUAAAACAAAAAAAAAAAAAAAAACAACAUGCAAACACUAAACGAUCCAGCCGGUUAUGGAGGCUACAAUUCCUCUUCCAUAUCCAAAGAUUGGCACUAUUGGUGUCGACUUUGCGCGAAGAUUGAUAUAAAUAGUAAAAAUAUAUUCUAUGAACAUCAACCACUAAUAACUUCCGUUGGUGGAAAUAGUGACGAUAAAAGGAGUACAUUGGCCGUUGCCAUUGGAAAAUAUUUUUACGUACAAGUUAAACACGAUGAUGAUCUGCCUCAAUUGUUAUGCACGGAGUGCACUUCAUUGGUGUCAAAUAUUGCGAAUUUCAAUGAACGUGUUGCUAAAGUGCAAGAAAUGUAUACUGCCCUGCAAAGUGGUCACUACAGUAAGGAUACAGAUUUUCAGUCUAUUCGGCUGAAAUAUGGAAUUUUGAAGGAAGAUCCAACUCAGUUAUAUACGCACCAAUAUGAAGAAGACUGUUUCACUGAGAAUACUGAUGAAGCUGUUAUGGAAAAUUUAAAUAAAUUUGAGAUCAUAUUGAAAAGAGAAAAUCCACGAGAUGGUACUCAAUCCGAUGAAGAUGAGAGAGAUGAUAGUGAAGAUCCUUUUGCCAGCGAUUUUGGUGUUGAGACCGCUGAGGGCAAGCCAUUUUGUGCAAUAAAAGAGUGUGAUGGAGAAAGUAAUGAUAAUAAAUGUCCUCCUGCUAUGCCUUCGAAAGAACAACAAAGAAAAGCCAGAAUAAACAUAAGUACAAAAGAAGGUUUAAAAGGGCAAGAUAAGUCCGGAAAGUGUCUUAUCCGCGCUGAAAAAGAGCCAAAUGAUGACAAAUACUAUUGUAGCGACUGUUCGCUUCAUUUUCAACGUCCUGGCAAUUAUCGUACACAUAUGAAGAAACGACAUGGAAUGGCAUUAGAACCGUUGACAUGUUCCCAAUGCUCCAAAUCCUUCAAGACUAUAUUUGAUCUAAAUUUUCAUAUAAAAACACAUCGACCACUCUCUGAGAAACGAAUAUAUCCAUGCCCACAAUGUGACAGAAAAUUUUCGCAAAAAUGUUAUGUUGCCAGCCAUAUAAAGUUUGUUCAUGAAGAUAUUCGUCCGUUUAUUUGUGAAGAAUGUGGUGAAGGAACACGAACGGAAGCUACACUACGAGAACACAUGCUUACACAUACAGAUUUUGCACCUUUUGAAUGCGAAAUAUGUAAGAAAGGUUUUAAAAAUCGUGCGCGCCUAAAGAAACAUAUGGAUACGCACAGUUCUAAUAAGCACAUCUGCAACGAGUGUGGUUUAAAACUGAAUUCUCGUACGACUUUAAACUUACAUAUGCUCGUACAUUCUGAUGUUAUGCCUCACAAAUGUGACUACUGUGGGCGGGCUUUCAAACGUGCCAAAACGCUGAAAAACCAUUUAAUACUCCACAGUGGUCUAAAACCUUAUUCAUGUGACUUCUGUGAUAAAACCUUUGCCAAUGGGGCUAAUUGUCGUACGCACAAAAGAAAAACUCAUCCGGAGGAAUUAGCAGCGUUAGAGGCUUCAGGCGAAAAAACAUAUACGAAAAAUAUACCAAAAUUGGCUGUACUGAAAACUGUAACAAAAUCAGCCGAAAAUCUUAUCCCAGUUGUCUCCAAACAGAGUGGCAAUUUUUCUUUAGGUAGAAAGCCGAAACCUCCACUGGAUUAUACUGUUGACAGAAAACAGUCCAAUUCGUUGACAGGAGUAGAUGCGUCUGCUGAAACAGUGUUAUCGGGGAGCCAAACAUUUUUUAAAGAAAACAGUUUAGACAUGACUAGUCUUACGGAGAGGAAUAACAUACCAUCGUCGUUUUGGUAAAGAUAAAAAUUAUAUUAUUUUAAAUUUUUUAAUCAAAUAAAUGUACUUACAUUAAAAUCUA